CCAAAAUAUUAGAGGCUACGCAUGCACUGUUUUACAGGCAUCUAUUUAUAUAAAAAACUAUUUUAAUCACGUGUUGUAUAUUUUAAGUCAUUAGUUAAUUAGUUUAAACAAAUUGUCAUAGUACAGCUAAAUAAAACACGUUAUGUGAAUGUACUAUUAACAUCAUAUUUAAAACAAGUUAUGUUUUAUUCGGUAUCUUUUUAAUGAAGAGUUAAAAUGUUUAUCAGAUUGUUACAUAAAAUAUUAUUUGCAGUCAGAUUUAACGCAUAAAUGCAUGCGUAAACACGUAUUCAACUAAGAUACAUAAAAUUGUUAAAAUGUUAUUACGAAGGAUAAGCAAUUUACUGCAAAUUUCCGUUCCUUGUCAGAAAAUAAAUAAUAGGUACUUAAAUUUUGUACCUGUUGUAGUAGAACAAAGUGGAAGAGGUGAACGUGCAUAUGACAUUUACUCGCGUCUUUUAAAAGAAAGGAUCAUUUGCCUAAUGGGCCCGAUCACAGACAAUGUAUCUUCUGUAGUAAUUGCUCAAUUACUGUUUCUUCAAUCAGAAAGUAGUAAAAAUCCAAUUCAUAUGUAUAUUAAUUCACCUGGUGGAAGUGUAACAUCAGGACUUGGUAUAUAUGAUACCAUGCAAUAUGUUCUUCCUCCAGUUGCAACAUGGUGUGUAGGUCAAGCAUGUUCAAUGGCAAGUUUAUUACUAGCUGCAGGAACAAAAGGCAUGCGUCAUUCGUUACCUAAUGCAAGAAUUAUGACACAUCAGCCUUCAGGAGGAGUAUCUGGUCAAGCUACAGAUAUACAGAUACAAGCUUUAGAAAUACUAAAACUCAAGAAACAAAUCAACCACUUAUAUAUGAAACACACAGGCAUGGAUCUAAAAAAAAUAGAAUGUUCUAUGGAAAGAGAUAAUUUCAUGAGUCCAUUUGAAGCAAAGGAUUUCGGGAUCAUAGAUAAAGUACUAACACAUCCAAUGCAAGAGGAAGAUAUAGAAUGUACGAAAUCAUCAAAAACUACACUUGAAAGCACAACACAACCAUGAUAUCAGAAUCGAGAAAUAAGUGUUCAAAAUUGUGAAAUUUUAUUAAAACAUGUAUUUAUCAAUAUUUAAAAAUAGUAAUAAAAUAUUUUUAAAACAA